AUGGAUCCAAAGUAUGGCUCAAAUGGUAUCACAAACACAGCCCUAGAUAUUGAAGACGAGACAAAUACUGUCUCAUCCAAUGCCUCACCAAAGACACAAUCACUCAAUCAGUUCAACAACAAUAGACUAAUUAAUCUAAAACGCGAUGCCAUUGAUUGCGAUGAAUUUGACACCAAAUACCAAAGAUUACCACAAAAACACAUCCCAUUCCAUAAAGAGUUAUCACUCGAGUUUAGCAAAUGGUGGCAACGGUUUUCAUUGACCACAUGUUUGAUGUCAUUAUUUCCAAUCACCCGAUGGUUACCGAAAUAUAACGUCAAAACGGAUUUAUUGCCCGAUUUUAUCGCCGGAAUCACGAUAUCUAUACUCCAUAUCCCUCAGGGAAUCGCGUAUUCACUGCUCGCCGGCUUAGAGGCCGUUAACGGUCUCUACAUAUCUUUCUUCCCGACCCUCAUCUACACAUUUAUGGGCACUUCCCGACACAUAUCCAUUGGUUCUUUCGCUGUGGCCAGUCUUAUGCUGUACAACACGGCCUCCAAAUUAGGUGCCGUUCCCUCACGUAUUCCGCUAAUCAAUGAGACCACAAACGAGACGAUACACACCGAUUGGCCGCCCACUCAGUUGGAGGCGCUCACCACUGUUUGCAUUGUCACCGGAUUUAUACAAAUAGCGAUGGGAUCCCUGUGCUUGGGCUCACUGUCACUCAUACUGUCCGAGCAUUUAGUGUCCGGGUUCUCGACAGCCGUGGCCUUCCACGUCGCCACCUCUCAGCUCAACUCAAUACUCGGCCUCUCACUGCCCACUCAACCCAGCGGUCCAUUGAAACUCAUUUAUACUUGGAUCGAAAUCGCGAAACACAUCCAACGAGCGAAUGUAUCGACUCUUAUAUUCUCGUUAAUAAUGAUCACAAUUCUCGUGACAUUCAAAGAGUGGGCCGAACCCAGGAUUAAGAAGCGAAUCUCGUUUCCGAUUCCUAUAGACUUAUUAGUUGUCAUAUUCUCAACACUGAGCGCAUGGCUUAUGGAUAUAAAUCAUAGAUUUCAAGUGGUUGUGAUCGGAUCUGUGCCCACGGGACUACCGGACCCUACAAUCCCGCGCCUGGACUUUGUGGGCGAUGUGUUAGUGGAUUGUGUGAUCAUAGGGAUCGUCACAUUUGCCGUAUCGCUGUCUUUGGCCAAAAUAUCGGCCAAGAAUCACAAAUACGAUGUCGACGCCAAUCAGGAGCUCAUAGCUCUGGGUUCGGCUAAUCUCGUGUCGUCCUUCUUCUUGGCCUAUCCGGCGUCGGCCGCUCUCUCGCGGUCCACAAUUCAGGACAAAAUCGGUGGCAAAACACAAAUCGCAGGAAUAGUCUCGUGUCUCGUCAUACUAUGCGUACUCUUACUAUUGGCGCCAUUUCUAUAUCAUUUGCCAAAAUGUACUCUGGCGUGCAUUAUAUUAAUAGCCCUGAAGUCUAUGUUCUUACAAAUCGGAGACUUUCAUAGGAUUUGGUUUGUCUCGAAACUCGAUGCCACCGCAUGGAUGGUCACAUUCCUGUCCGUCAUAUUCCUCGACGUCGAUUUGGGACUCAUUGUUGGGAUCGGUAUUUCAAUUCUUGUCAUUCUUGUCAGACUUGUUAAGCCAACGUAUUCCCUGUUGGGUUGUCUGCCCUCCACUGAGAUAUACGUAGACAUCAAGAAGUAUACGAAAGCCAAAGAAGUCUAUGGCAUCAAAAUAUUUCGCUUUUGUUCACCAAUUUUCUACUUAAGUACCGAUGAUUUCAAGACUAGAGUUUUGGAUUUAACUAAAACAUUACAUCAAAGUAUUAAUCACACGAUUGAAAAGUCGCCUCAAAUAACACCGGAAGCGCUAAUAUUAGACAUGUCUUGCGUACCAUUUAUGGACAGAUCGGGUGUCGACACAAUCGUCGACGUCUUCAAACUGUUGAAAGACAAGAAUAUCUCCGUAUGUCUGGCCUCCUGUCCCAUACAUGUGAUCGAACUGUUCGAGAGGUCAAAGUUCUUCGAUAGUGUCAACAAAAGCUGUUUUUAUCCCACAGUUCAUGACGCGGUCGUCAGCUUAAGAUGAGUUGACAUAACUUUAUUGAUAUUUCUUUUUGAACAAUACGUGCCAUAAAACCAGAGAUUAAUGUGAAAAACAGUUUUGACUUCAAACCAAUGCAUAAUUAAUGGAUAUUCUUAAGAGAAAUUAAUUUAUUAUUUCUAAUUGUGAUGAC